GGGCUGGGCGGCGUGGAGCCACGGCGCCGGGCCGUCCCCCUGCACAGGGGCGCUGCUGGCACGCGAGGCGGAGCUGGCUGGCGACCCGUGCGCCUCGGCCCGGGGAGGGCAGCGCGGCUCGGCUCGGCUCGGCGAUGAGCGGCGCCCAGGACGAGAGCCCGGAGGCCGGCGCGGGCCGGGCCGGGGAGCGGCCGGCGGCCGAGCCUCCCGGAGGCGCCCUGAGCGUGGACGUGCCGGGGCUGCUGGCGCAGCUGGCGCGCAGUUUCGCGCUGCUGCUGCCGGUGUACGCGCUGGGCUACCUGGGGCUGAGCUUCAGCUGGGUGCUGCUGGCGCUGGGGCUGCUGGCGUGGUGCCGCCGGAGCCGCGGCCUCAAGGCGAGCCGCCUGUGCCGCGCGCUGGCGCUGCUGGAGGACGAGGAGCGUGCUGUGCGCCUGGGGGUGCGCGCCUGCGACCUGCCGGCCUGGGUUCAUUUUCCAGACACUGAAAGAGCAGAGUGGCUAAAUAAGACUGUAAAACACAUGUGGCCUUUUAUUUGCCAGUUUGUAGAGAAGUUGUUUCGAGAAACGAUAGAGCCAGCUGUGCGGGGAGCAAACACCCACCUGAGCACCUUCAGUUUUACGAAGGUUGAUGUGGGUGAACAGCCCCUUAGGAUCAAUGGUGUUAAGGUAUACACUGAAAAUGUGGACAAAAGGCAAAUUAUUCUGGACCUUCAGAUUAGUUUUGUAGGAAAUUGUGAGAUUGAUCUGGAGAUUAAACGAUAUUUUUGUAGAGCUGGUGUGAAAAGCAUACAGAUUCAUGGUACCAUGCGAGUGAUCUUGGAGCCAUUGAUUGGAGACAUGCCUUUGGUUGGAGCUUUGUCUAUCUUCUUCCUUAGGAAACCACUUUUAGAAAUUAACUGGACAGGACUGACUAAUCUUCUGGAUAUCCCUGGAUUAAAUGGUUUAUCAGAUACUAUCAUUUUGGAUAUCAUAUCAAACUAUCUGGUGCUUCCCAAUCGAAUCACUGUUCCUCUUGUCAGCGAAAUUCAAAUAGCUCAGUUACGGUUCCCUAUACCAAAGGGAGUUCUAAGGAUACAUUUUAUUGAAGCUCAGGAUCUUCAGGGCAAAGAUACUUAUCUUAAGGGACUCGUCAAGGGGAAGUCAGAUCCCUAUGGGAUUAUCCGAGUUGGCAACCAAAUCUUCCAAAGCAAGGUCAUAAAAGAGAACCUUAGCCCAAAGUGGAAUGAAGUAUACGAGGCUUUAGUCUACGAACAUCCUGGACAGGAGUUAGAGAUUGAGCUCUUUGAUGAAGAUCCAGACAAGGAUGACUUUCUGGGAAGUCUUAUGAUUGAUCUUAUUGAAGUUGAAAAGGAGCGCCUUUUAGAUGAAUGGUUCACUCUGGAUGAAGUGCCCAAAGGAAAGCUGCACUUAAAACUGGAGUGGCUGACGUUAAUGCCCAAUGCCUCAAACCUUGAUAAGGUGCUAACAGACAUCAGAGCUGAUAAAGAUCAGGCCAAUGAUGGUCUUUCUUCGGCAUUGCUGAUCUUGUAUUUGGAUUCAGCAAGGAAUCUUCCGAGUAACCCAUUAGAAUUAGAUCCCGAUGUCUUGAAGAAGUCUACAGUUCAGAAAGCCUUAAAGUCAGGGAAGAAAAUAAACAGCAACCCAAAUCCUCUUGUCCAAAUGUCAGUGGGACACAGGGCUCAAGAGAGUAAGAUUCGAUACAAAACCAACGAACCUGUGUGGGAGGAAAAUUUCACUUUCUUCAUUCACAAUCCCAAGCGCCAGGACCUUGAAGUCGAGGUCAAAGAUGAACAGCAUCAGUGUUCUCUGGGGAACCUCAAGAUCCCGCUCAGCCAGCUGCUCGCCAGUGAGGACAUGACCAUGAACCAGCGCUUCCAGCUCAGUAAUUCAGGUCCAAACAGCACCAUAAAAAUGAAGAUGGCCCUCCGGGUGCUCCAUCAUGAAAAGCAAGAAAGGCCUCCUGACUACCAACAUUCAGCUCAAGUGAAACGACCCUCAGUUUCCAAAGAAGGGAGGAAAAUGCCUAUCAAAUCUCAGAGGUCUGUGUCUUCGGGCACUGGUGGCAGCAACACGACUCCUUCGACUCCAGUCAUUGGGGCUGCAGAUAAAGCUGGCGUGGAAGAUAAAGCCCAGCCCCCCGAAGCCAGCCCCAGGGCCCCCCACGACCUGGGCAGAAGCUCCUCCAGCCUGCUGGUGUCCCCGAGCCACGUCUCAGUGAAGGAGCCCACCCCUAGCAUAGCCUCGGACAUAUCACUCCCCAUCGCCACCCAGGAGCUGCGGCAAAGGCUGCGACAGCUGGAAAACGGGACGACCCUGGGACAGUCUCCACUGGGACAGAUCCAGCUGACCAUCCGGCACAGCUCACAGAGAAACAAGCUCAUCGUGGUCGUCCACUCGUGCAGAAACCUCAUUGCCUUUUCUGAAGACGGCUCUGAUCCGUAUGUCCGCCUGUAUCUAUUACCAGACAAAAGGAGGUCGGGGAGGAGGAAAACACACGUGUCCAAGAAGACAUUAAACCCGGUGUUUGAUCAAAGCUUUGAUUUCAGCGUCUCAUUACCUGAAGUGCAGAGGAGGACCCUGGACGUGGCCGUGAAAAACAGCGGUGGUUUCUUGUCCAAAGACAAAGGGCUUCUUGGCAAAGUACUGGUUGCUCUGGCAUCCGAAGAGCUCGCCAAAGGCUGGACCCAGUGGUAUGACCUCACAGAAGAUGGGGUGAGACCACAGGUGGUAACGUAGCCACGUCCGACGUGAGGCGUUCUUCCUGGCAUAUCCCCCACUUCUGCUGAGACCAUAACCCUCUCACAGACAAACCAACAUUAUUUUUAUAGUUUCGUGUAUUUGGUUAUACAUACCUUAAUAGUUUUGUAGAGCUGUUGGCAUUUUAGGUGAAUUUGGCCAAUAUUAUCAUUAAAUUUUGUCUGUUAGAUUUUCUUUAUUAUUUCACCAGUUUUGACGUUGUACCAUAGGGUAGUAGUUAAUUGUGUUAUGUAAAGCUGUGUCAGUUGUAUUCCAGAAAAA